AUGUUAACAUUGGAAGAUUUGAAGAUUCGCAUUGUUUCGGUGAUUGGUUCAGAGAAGAAUGGAUGCACUGGAAAUGAUUUGUGUCGAUUAUACAAAGAUAUGUACGGCAAAGAUUUGAAUUCAAAAGACUAUGGCUUUAAUAAUUUGGAAUCACUUCUUGUUUCACCAGCUAUGCAAGGAGAAGGUGGAAUUUUGUGUGAAAAUGGGCGAUAUUUCGCAGCUGGUGAUAAAAAUACUAGAAAUAUGUUGCAUCUUAUUCGCAAUACAAAAUCUCGAAGAGCCAAAUCACGACGAGGAUCUCAUGUCCCAAUGCCUGCGAGAUUUGUAAGAGGAAGAUCCCUGUCGAUUUCUGCUUCAUCAACUCACUCUGACUGUACUCAAGCUGAAAAGUUGCAUGGAAGAUCUCAAGCAGUUGAGAAAGAAGCUAUUGCUACAAAGCAAGUAGCGACGAAAUUUCAAAAAAAUGCGAACGGGGUUUCAAAAAGUGCGCUGCAAGCGAAUCCCAAUGCAAAAUUCUUUACAAGGUAUGUGGAAUCUCCUCAUGGUUUUGAAAACCAACAGGCAAGACUUAUUGCACCUAUCCGAGCUUGGAACAAAUAUCAAUCCAUGUCCACUAAACAAAGUUACGUUUACGAUGGUCAUUCCGUCGGAUCAAUUUCAGGAAUCCAACUGCAAUCACAUCUAAAUGAAAUUGAAAAAAAUAGAAUGAAGAAAUCUCAGAAGGGUAAAAAGCGAUUAGUAAAAUUAAUUGAAAAACAUGGCGGUGAAAUGAGUUUUUCUGAAAUGAAAAAUUCGUACCUACAGGUUUUUGGUGUUCCUCUUAGCAAUACUGAGAUCUGUCGUUUAUUUAGUGCGAAAGAAGAAGAAAUUCAAGAUCUGUAUAUAUUUCUCAAAAAUUGUUUAUGUAACGAUGUUGUGAUGACAAAACUUGCAGAGGACGAUUUUUUGUUAAGAGUUAUAGACGACGAUGACGAUAUUGAUGAAGCCGAAAAUCAUGGUCUUAUCGAUAAUAUGAAUUAUAGACCAUUGCUACCUACGUCAGCUAUGAUGCAAAACGAUAUUUCUCAUCGUUCGUUCAAUCCUAAUCAACACCGAUGUGAAUUUCAAAAUCGUUUUAAUGAUCCUGCUCCAACUAUGGACGAUGGAUAUGAAUAUUGGACAGGGUCAACGUUGGCUUCAGCAAUAAGGUCGAGAGAUGAUUAUUUACCAUAUAAGGUUUUAGGUGAUAAAGUGCUCUCUUUUGUUCGAGCGAAAGGUCCUUUCAAGGUCUCCGAUUUGUCGAAGAUUUUUUUUGAAGAGGAUGGCCGAUGCAUUGAUCCCAAAAGGUAUGCGGAGGGUACAUGGGAGAAUCUUAUACAAAAAUUACUUUCGACUGGUAGACAUCCAGAACUCACAGUUCGAGAUGGUAUACUUGAUCUCCGAAAAAACCUUCCGAAAUCAAUUUUUCCAUCUGCUCACCAACUGAAUGAUUGUACCACUAGUACUGAAAAUGAGAAAGACCGAUCGAUGCCUUUGAUUGCAACUAAUAGCAAUGUACCAGCAGCUGCAAUUUAUGACUUAUUAACGGAAGCAGGAAGACCUCUAUCUCAAAAGGAAUUAUUCGAAAAACUGACUGCAAGAGGUAUCAAAGUGAAUAUUUGUGAGCUUACAGUUAAGCUGAUAACGAAGUUCAAGGAUGUCUUUUGUUGUCAAUUUCAUUCGAAAGGAGCUUGGAUAUCUUUGGCACAUGGUGCCAAAAGACCUGAGGAAACAAACGUCUCGUCUUGUUUACCGGCAAUCAUUGAAUCAGUUAAGAUAGUUACUCAUGUUAUGUCCAAUUAUUGUUCGACUACGGAAUCCGCCAGCAAUAUUUUCAAAUCAGUUUUAUUGAUAAAUAUUGUAUUAAUUGACGAAGUGCUGGAUAGGUUUCGAAUUCAGGCAUCCUUUAGACUUCGGUCGUGCGAAAUCACAUAUAAUUCAUUUAAAAAGAAAAUGCGCCUUCACUACUUGUCUUAUGGUCAGGAAAAGGAUUAUGCGGUAGAGAAACCCAUAAAAGGUUGUAAUUACGCUUUCCAUGAUAUCAAAGAUAAUCAAGUUUAUCGAGUUCAGUGCGUAGGUGAUGGUGAUCAUGCUGUGAUGGUUUAUUUGAUUGAUGAGAUGCGCUAUCAAAAUGCGCCAGUGAGUCAGUUGAGAAAGUUAACUACCGAUUAUGCGGGGCCAGCAUAUGGAGUGGUAGCGAAGACUGCAGCAUUUAUGGCUGUACCGGAAAGAGAGAAUGAAUUCCGUGAAUAUUUCUCUUUGGUUCGUUCAAAGCUUCUUGGAGAUACUACGCAGGAUAUUCAAGCCGAUGUAGUUUCUGAGCCGUCAAAUAAUCUAUUCGAGCUGAAGCAGUUGUAUAGCGAGGUACAUGACAAUUUAAAUGUACCAGCAACAUUUGUGCGACAGUGUUUGAUCCAAAUAAUUUCUUCAAAAUCAUAG